AUGGCGGAUACUGAUGUUGAAGAUGUUGCCCUUUUACUUAAUAUUCUACAAACUAAUAUGAUAUAUAUAAUGCUGGCUAUCGAUACAUACAAAAGAAAACACAAAACGCUUCAAAACAUCGUUAUGAGCUCUAUACUGAGCAGAUAUAAAAAGGUGGCCAAUGCAUUUGGAGUAGCUAGGUCGUCUGUAUCCAAGACUGUGAGAAGUGUUUGUGUUGCAAUUACUGAUUUUCUUGGACCAAAGUACAUUUUAAUACCAACUGCUGAGAAAGAUUUAAAUGAACUGGUCAAAAACUUUUAUGAUUACCAUGGUUUCCCACAAUGUAUUGGGGCCAUAGAUGGUACCCACAUUCCGAUAAAAGAGCCAAGUGACAAUGCUAGUGAUUAUAUCAACAGGAAGGGAUAUACAUCACUUAAUGUUCAAGGUACAUGUGACUACAGAUAUCGGUUUAUUGAUGUGGUGUGCAAAUGGCCUGGAAGUGUACACGACGCCCGGAUUUUUAGGAAUUCAAGCCUAAAUACAAAGUUCAGAGAUGGUACAAUUCCCCCUUGUUACAAAACAAUUGUAGAUGGGGAGGAUGCAGUACCUAUAUGCAUACUAGGCGACCCUGCAUAUCCAUUACUUCCAUUUCUUCUUAAAGAAUUUGCUGGUGGUGGCACUACACCUAGUGAACAGUUCUUUGGAUAUAAAUUAUCCUCAGCGAGAAUGAUUAUUGAAUGUUCAUUUGGACGAUUAAAAGCUAGGUGGGGAGCUUUGAAGAGGUCGAUGGAUAUUUCUAUAGAAUAUCUUCCAAGUGCUGUUGUUUCUUGCUUUGUACUUCACAAUUUUUGUGAAGUGCAUGGUGAGACUGUACUGAAGAUGCAGUAA